AUGUCGAGCGUCUUCGAGCGAGUGACGCUGCGAACACGGGCGAACGUGUACUUCGACGGGAAGUGCGUCUCGCACGCGUUCACGACGGCGAACGGGGAGGAGAAAUCGGCGGGGGUGAUCUUGGGACCGAAUACCGAGUUAGGUUUCAGCACGAGUAAGGCGGAGGUGAUGACGUGCGUCGGCGGUUCGUGCGAGUACAGGUUACGCGCCGACGAGGAGGGUCGCGCGCGAGAGUGGAUCACCAGGGUCGAGGGCGAGUCGUUCGCGAUCGAAGAGAACAGUUCGUUCGAGAUUAGAGUGAAGGAUGCGUAUCACUACGUGUGCUCGUACGCGUGA